AUGGGUGAUGAUAAUGGGACAACAGUGACUGAAUUUAUUUUGUUGGGAUUCUCACAUUUGGGGAUCUAUAAGCUCCCUCUCUUUGGGGGAGUGCUCUUUAUCUACCUGGUCACCCUGUUGGGCAACUCCCUGAUCAUCACCCUCACCCUGCUUGACUCAGCCCUAGGCACCCCCAUGUACUUCUUCCUCAGACACCUUUCUAUUUUAGAGAUUCUCUACACAACAACCAUUGUGCCUAGGAUGCUGAGUGAUCUCCUCUCCUCACAUCCUGUCAUCUCUCCUGCCAGCUGCUUCAUCCAGAUGUAUUUCUUUGCCCUCUUUGGAGGUACUGAAUGCUGUCUGCUCUGUGCCAUGGCUUAUGACCGUUUUGCUGCCAUUUGUCGGCCCCUGCACUAUGCCACACAGAUGAACAGGCAGGUAUGUGUGGGUAUGGUGGGUACUUCCUAUCUAAUGGGCAUCAUGACAGGCAGCACUGAUGCCCUAGUCAUUUUUACUUUGCCUUUCCAUGGUACCAACAUCAUUCAUCACUACUUUUGUGAUGUUUUACCUGUUGUAAAGUUGGCAAGUGGAGACACAUUCUGGGCUGAGGUUGGAAAUUUUAUUGUUUCCUUCCUCUUUAUAAUUGCCCCCUUUGUACUGAUCAUAUUUUCCUAUGCUCGCAUUGUUAUUACCAUACUUGGGUUAGCUUCUGCUCAGGGACGCCAAAAAGUCUUCUCUACUUGCUCUUCCCACCUACUUGUUGUCCUCCUCUUCUAUGGAACUGCUUCCAUUGCCUACAUGAGACCUGGAACCAAUGCUAAUCAGGACAUGGAUCAAAUCAUCUCCCUUUUCUACACAGUUGUAACCCCCAUGUUCAAUCCUUUUAUCUAUACCCUGAGGAACAAGGAGGUGAUGGGAGCUCUGCGGCGAAAGCUAACAAAACACCUUUGA